GGAAGAAGGAGACGAGGGCACAAAACUCCCUGCUCCUCCGUGGUGGCACCAGUGUCACACCUGUUUACCUCGGCCGGCUCAGAAGCCUGCUAUGAGGCAGCUGGGUGCCACGCCACUCUCUCAGGACCUGUGCCCUGGGACUACCCUCUGUGAUUUGUGAUCGAGUGGGUGGGUGUUCAGCUAGGUGGGCGCCGGGGCUCGGGGAGCUGGGUGUAUUGGACAAGGUGGGCGACUAUGUGGUGUGUGAUGCCAUAUGGCAGCGCGGGCGUGCAAGCCAUGCAGAAGCCAUGACCAGCAGUACCGAGAACAAAUAUGGCUGAGUUUAAACUGCCUCUACUGCAGUCGUACGCCACGUCUUCCUCCUCCUCACCUUCAUCCAGCAUGUGGUACGCCCACAACUACACCCAGAGGAGGACACAGGCACGCAACCUCACCAGGAGCCACGAGUACGCCCACGCCCACGACCUGAGCCACGAGUACGCCCACGAUCCCUACCACAUAUGCCAGGACCACCUUUCCCUCACAGACACAGAGUGCAUGAGAUCCCUACAAGAGUACUUGGCACAGUACGCCCGCACCGAUCUACAAACUCACGCCUACACGCCAGAUCAGAACCGCGCCCACAUAGCCCACACCAUAGCACGAGGGCGCGCCCAUACCGUGGGUCGGAGCCAAGGGGGGACCGGGAGCCAGAGUCGCGCCCACACCAUAGCACGAAGCCAUAGUCACGGUGCCGCCCACGGCAAGGCCUCAGCCAGAACCCACGCCCACACCGCUGACCAGGGUCACGCCCACUCUGCACACAACACGGAUAAAAAUCAUCACCCCCACGCAACACAAAACCACGCCCACGCUACGCAAAACCACGCCCACGCUACGCAAAACCACGCCAACGCGACAACGCAAAACCACACCCUCGCGACGGCUCAAAAUCACGCCCACUCAAAGCAAAAUCACGCCCACUCGACUCAAAGUCACGCCCACGCAACGCAAAACCACAUUCACGCUGCGGACAAGACUACCGUCCACACAACGGCCAAAAAUCACGCCCACACGACAGCCCCAAACCACGCCCACACAACGGCCCCAAACCACGCCCACAUGACCGCUCAAAACCACGCCGCCCCUUCAACACGCACUCGCGGCCAUGUUCCAGGCCGGAAUCACGCCCACGGCGCGGGCCGCAGUCACGUCCACGGUGGGGGUCGCUUUCACGCCCACGAGGGCGUGAACCGAGCGUCAUCCCGCCCCACUGCCCACAUAUCCUCCAGGAGCCACGCCCACAGCAUUGAUCAAAGCCACGCCCUCACUGCCGAUCACACCCUCGCCCAAAUUGCCGAUCACAAGCACGCUUUUGUCGCCAUACAGAACCACGAUCAUGCCCCCGAUCAGAACCACGUGUACGGUGGGGACCAGAACCACGUGUACGGUACCGAUCAGACCCACAUGUACGGUGGCGAUCAGACCCGCGUGUACGGUGGCGAUCAGACCCGCGUGUACGGUGGCGAUCAGACCCGCGUGUACGGUGGCGAUCAGACCCGCGUGUACGGUGGCGAUCAGACCCACGUGUUUACCAUUGACGAGAACCACGCUUUCGCUGUCGACCCCAGCCAGCUGUACACCGUCGACCAGAGCUUGGUCUACGCUGUCGACCAGAGCCUGGAGCAGAGCAUCGACGUAGCUGUCGACCAGAGUCUUGCCCCCAGCACCGUCGACCACGACUCGACAGUCGACCAAUCCCGUGAGCUUAUAACCGACAAUGUUAACAUCUAUGCUUACCAAGGGGAAUACCCGUACACCCACGCCUUCCAGCACGCCCCCCGCGCCCGCUCCCACGCCCAGGAGCAGCCCCUCCGAGGACGCUCCCGCCCGCAAACCGACCAGGCGUACCGGGUGCGCCCACACGCCCACGACCUGUGCUCCUUCUAUCCAGAAUCUGCGGAGUCGAGUGAGGCUGAGGAACAGCGGGUGGCCAGAGACAACGUGCGGGUGGACUUGCCCUACACCCACCUGCAGUGCCGCGGGCGGCGUGGGCGGGAUGAUUACGGCGGGCAGGGGCGUGCGGAGCACAUCAUACGUAGGUUCCAGGAGAGUGGAGAGCCUUGUGAGGAGGACGGUGAGGCCAGCACCGUCGGCCUCUCAUAUCAACAACAAGCUGAUGUGUGCCACACGCGAGGCCACCUCGGUUCUUCCCUCACCCUGGCUGAAGCCUCGGAGGGCGUGGGUAGGAGGCGUGGAGGCCUACUGCUGGCGGAGGGGCUCGUCAGGGAGUGGGUGAGGGCUGUGGGCGUGGUGGCAGCCUCAGGAACCCUCGUUACCCUCGUUGUUUUGGGAUUUGGGAAUAACUACAUCACACCAAUCAAGAACACCUGCAUCACACCAGUCAAGAACACCUGCAACACACCAGUCAAGAAUACCUGCAUCACAGCAGUCAGGAACACCUGCAUCAAACCAGUCAAGAACACCUGCAUCACACCAGUCAAGAACGCCUGCAUUACACCAGCCAAGAACACCUGCAUCACACUAGUCAAAAACACCUGCAUUACACUAGUCAAGAACACCUGCAUCACACCAGUCAAAAAGACCUGCAUUACACUAGUCAAGAACACCUGCAUCACACCAGUCAAAAACACGUGCAUUACACCAGUCAGGAACAACUGCAUCACACCAGUCAGGAACACCUGCAUUACACUAGUCAAGAACACCUGCAUUACACCAGUCAAGAAUACCUGCAUCACACCAGUCAAAAAAACCUGUAUUACACCAGUCAAGACCACCUGCAUCACACCAGUCAAAAACACCUGCAUUACACCAGUCAAGAACACCUGCAUUACACCAGUCAGGAACACCUGCAUUGCACCAGUCAAGAACACAUGUAUCACACCAGUCAAGAACACCUGCAUUGCACCAGUCAAGAACACCUGCAUUACGCCACACCAGUCAAGAACACCUGCAUCACACCAGUCAAGAACACCUGCAUUUCAGCAGUCAAGAACACAUGUAUCACACCAGUCAAGAACACCUGCAUUACACCAGUCAAGAACACCUGCAUUACACCAGUCAAGAACACAUGCAUCACACGUCAAAAAAACAUGCAUCACACUAGUCAAGAACACCUGCAUCACACCAGUAAAAAACACCUGCAUUACACUAGUCAAGAACACCUGCAUCACACCAGUCAGGAACACCUGCAUUGCACAAGUCAAGAACACCUGCAGUACACUAGUCAAGAACACCUGCAUCACACCAGUCAGGAACACCUGCAUUGUACAAGUCAAGAACACCUGCAUCACACCAGUCAGGAACACCUGCAUUGUACAAGUCAAGAACACCUGCAUCACACCAGUCAGGAACACCUGCAUUGUACAAGUCAAGAACACCUGCAUCACACCAGUCAGGAACACCUGCAUUGCACAAGUCAAGAACACCUGCAUCACACCAGUCAAAAACACCUGCAGUACACUAGUAAAAUAACAAUGUUCUCUUGCC